AUGGCGACCUUACGGACAAAGACGACUGUCAUCGUUGUUGGUGGUGGAGGUACGAUUGGAUCGAGCACAGCUUUGCAUCUUGUCCGCUCAGGCUAUACGCCAUCGAACAUUACAGUUCUCGACACCUACCCUAUCCCAUCAGCACAGUCAGCUGGUAAUGACUUGAACAAGAUCAUGGGUGUUCGCCUACGAAACCCAGUAGAUUUACAGUUGAGCCUGGAGGCAAGGCAGAUGUGGAAGGAAGACGAACUGUUCAAGAGCUUCUUUCACAACACUGGUAGACUCGACUGUGCACACGGCGAGAAAGGCAUUGCAAGUCUCCAGCAAGCGUACCAGGCCCUCUUGGACGCCAACGCUGGACUCGAAGCAACCAACCAGUGGCUAGACUCCGAGGACGACAUUCUCGCAAAGAUGCCACUGCUAGACCGCAACCAAAUCCAAGGCUGGAAGGCGGUCUUCAGUGAAGAUGGCGGGUGGCUCGCAGCAGCCAAAGCCAUCCAUGCAAUCGGUGAGUACCUUGUCAAGAGCGGAGUCGAAUUCGGAUUCGGGGGUGCUGGCUCGUUCAAGCAACCGCUACUCGCAGAGGGGACAUGCAUCGGCGUCGAAGCAGUCGACGGCACAAAGUACUACGCGGACAAAGUCGUCCUCGCAGCUGGCGCAUGGAGUCCCGCGCUGGUCGAUCUGCAAGAGCAAUGCGUUUCCAAGGCGUGGGUGUAUGCGCACAUGCAGCUCACGGCGCAGGAAGCCGCAGCGUACAAAGACUGCCCCGUAGUCUACCAUGGCGACUACGGCUUCUUCUUCGAACCAAACGAACGUGGCGUCAUCAAGGUUUGCGAUGAGUUUCCAGGCUUCACGCGCUUCAAGCAGCACCAGCCUUUUGGCGCUGAUGCUCCGAAGCGCAUCUCGGUGCCUCGAUCGCAUGCAAAGCAUCCUACUGACACUUACCCUGAUGCGUCAGAAGUCAGCAUCGGCAAAGCGGUCGCUAUCUUCUUGCCUCGGUUCAAGCAAAAGGAGCUGUUCAAUCGGUCGCUGUGCUGGUGCACGGAUACGGCGGAUGCGGCCCUGCUGAUCUGUGAGCACCCGCAGUGGAGAAACUUUAUUCUAGCGACUGGAGACAGCGGGCAUUCGUUCAAGCUGCUACCAAACAUUGGCAAGCAUGUGGUCGAACUAAUCGAGGGUACGCUGGCCGAAGACUUGAGGCAGGCGUGGAGGUGGCGACCGGGCACUGGUGACGCAUUGAAGUCGAGGAGAGCGGCUGCGGCGAAGGACCUGGCGGAUAUGUCAGGGUGGAAGCAUGAUGAGGUAUCAAAGGAAAAGUUGUAG